AUACGAAUAAAAGUCGCACUUUGUUUCUCUGCUUUGAGUCUCUUGCCGCUUCAAGUAAAGAGCCUCCAUCUCUCAAGAACAAGAGAAGUCAAUCACCAAUCAGGUUUUUGAUGUUACUGAUGCGUGAGAGGGAGACCCUUUUACAAAAGCCACCGAAUAUAGAAGAAGUGACUGGGAAAACGAAGAAUGCUGGAAUGUCUCUCCUUCGGAUCAUUGACGUGGUCUUCAGCGCCUGUUCCGGCCGCUAAUCCGCCUGUUCCUGGCCAAGGGUUUUCCACAGAGACCACUCCCGUUACCAGCACUCAGUCCUCUCCCGCCCUAAAUGUGGUGUCUCGCGAAUUCAAUCGCACUAUACAGGGCGAUUCCUACCAAGAGAUUCGAUCGAUAAUACAGAUAGAAGUAUUUGACCCCUCUGGACGCGAUCUUUCGCAAGACCAUCCUGAGCUCGUCGAUGGCCCAGCCGAGCCCGAGGGAGACUCCCAAAGGAAAAUCCUGGAAAAGGUGCUUCAACCUGACCGAUAUUGCGUCCAAGAAGCUCUCGCACAACCCAAGCCCAAUUCUCUGACUCGCCUCGUUUCUUCCUACUUCGACCACAGCGAGACCGCUUAACUUUGCCUCCUACUUCACCGAAGUCUCAAUUGUGCCCGUAGCAUGUACGCUCCUCUUCUUGACCUUCUCUCCGUUCUUUCCUCCGAUUCUAAUCACCUCACUCAACCCCAGUGUGACUAUGCCUUCGACGUCUUCUUCAGAUUCGAUGCUCAAAACAAUCCUUUUCCCUCCCACGAUUCACAUGACUUCAGCAACAUGCGCAGCUCCUUUUCUGAUCUUGACCGACAACUUCAUCGUUCUCUCCGAAAGUCUCGCUCCAAAUUACGCCUUCUCCGUGGUGCUACAAAUGGUUCGGCACUUUGCUUCGUUGCCGGCGCUGUGGGAGUGGUUGUAUCCGCCGUUGUGGUCACGACCCAUGCACUUGUAGCCAUUGCUGCCGCUGCUCCGGUUUGCCCUGCAUAUAUCUCCCCUCCCAAAAACCCCAAAAAGAAGGAACUAUCUCGAUUGGCGCAGCUUGAAGCCGCUUCGAAGGGUACUUAUACACUGAACAAAGAUCUUGAUACGAUUGAUCGCCUUGUUGCUCGGCUACACGGCGCAGUUGAAGCUGACAAGCGUUCCGUUCGCCUUGGCCUAGAGAUGGGUAAAAAUAGAUAUGCCAUGCAAGAGGUCAUCAAGCAUCUUCGCAGGGACUCUAAAAACUUUCUCCUCCUCAUGGAAGAACUUGAGACACGUAUAUACAUCUGCUUAAACUUUGUUAACAAGACCAGGUGGAAUCUUUUCCGCGAGAUAUGCCUUCAUCAAAAUGCGUAGUUAUCCAGUUCCUAACCUACAGAUUAUUUUUUAUUAAUAAUUUUAGUCACUGGCUCACUGCUAAGUGCUAACUCAUAAUGUGUACGGCCUAUUUGAAUUUUGCUUUCUAAUCAGGAAAGAAACAUGAGCUUUAUUACCA